UUAUCAUCUUGGCCUCUUCCUCUGAUAAAACCCCCAGUCCCCACAAGACUUUCUUUCCUUAUGUACACUUUGCUUCAAAACACCAGAGCCUGAAGGUACCUGGUGGGAUUAUAAGAAGUAGAUUCCCCUUGUCUUCUUCAAUGGGUCCUGUUGAUACUUCUCAAUGCAGAUGCCUUUGCCAGCAAGAGAUGCUCCUGCUUCUUGUAUUGUCCUUUUGCCUCUACGCUAACACACAGCCCUUGCAGGAGAAUACAGUGGCUCUCGAUCCUUGUUCUGCCUACAUCAGUCUGAAUGAACCUUGGAGGAACACAGAAUACCAGUUCAAUGAUUCUACUGACCAGCCCGAGUGUGACAGUCACGUGGACGGGGAAUGGUACCGCUUCACAGGGAUGGCUGGAGAUGCCAUGCCUACCUUCUGCAUUCCAGAGAACCACUGUGGCACCCAUGCCCCAAUCUGGCUGAACGGCAGCCAUCCUCAAGAAUCAGAGGGCAUUGUCCAAAGGCAGGCCUGUGCAACUUUCAAUGGAAACUGCUGCCUCUGGAAUAUGACUGUCGAAAUUAAGGCAUGCCCGGGAGGUUAUUAUGUCUACCACUUAGCCAAGCCCAGUGUCUGCUACCAUGCCUAUUGUGGACAUUUCUAUGACAUCUGUGAUGUGGUUGAUUGUCGGGGUUCCUGUUUGGACACUGGAGAAUGCAUUUGUUCUCUAGGGACAAUUUUGGGACCAGAUGGACAGACUUGCCUUGAUGAAAAUGAAUGCGAAAGGAAUAACGGAGGCUGCAGCGAAUUCUGUAUAAACCUAAAGAACUCCUAUCGCUGUGAAUGUGGAGUCGGGCGUGUUCUGAGGGCGGAUGGAAAGACUUGUGAAGAAAUUGAAGGGUGUCACAACAACAAUGGAGGCUGCAGCCAUAUUUGCAACAUGGUGGAAGCUGGUUAUCAGUGUGAAUGCCCACGAGGUCUUAUUUUGUCAGAGGACAACCACACCUGCCAAGUUCCAGUUUUAUGUAAAUCUACUUCUAUAGAAGUGAAUAUUCCCAAGGAUCUCGUUGGGGGGAUGGACCUCUCGCUUACCAAUGGCUCCUGCAAAGGAAUAUCCAAUGGCACUCAUGUCAACCUCAUCUUCUCUCUGAAAACCUGUGGAACGACUAUAGAUGUAGUAAAUGAUAAAAUAAUUGCUACCAAUAUGGUAACUGGCUUGCCAAGGCAAACACCUGGCAGUAACGGGGACAUCAUUGUUCGCACAGGAAAGCUGCUGAUCCCUGUAACUUGUGAAUUCCCUCGCCACUACACCAUCUCAGAGGGCUAUAUCCCCAAUAUGAAGAACUCUCCGCUGGAAAUCAUGGGGCACAGUCAAGGUGUCUUCCCGUUCACUCUCGAGAUAUUCAAAGACAAAGAUUUUGAAGAGUCCUAUCGUGAUACCCUUCCCACUCUUAAACUCCGAGACUCUUUGUAUUUUGGGAUUGAACCCUUGGUGCACGUGAGUGGCUUGGAGACAUUAGUGGAGAGUUGCUUUGCUACCCCUACAUCCAAAACAGAUGAGAUCCUGAAGUACCACUUGAUUCGAGAUGGUUGUGUUUCUGAUGAUUCCAUAAAGCAGUAUACAUCAAAGGAUCAUUUGGCUAAACACUUUCAGGUCCCAGUGUUCAAAUUUGUGGGUAAAGACAACAAGGAAGUGUUCCUGCAUUGCCGGGUCCUUGUAUGUGGAGUAACGGAUGAGACAUCUCGCUGUGCACAGGGCUGUCAUAGACGGAUGCGCAGAAGAGCUAAACCACAGGAGGAAUGGGAUCACAUCACAAAUCAUAUUCUGACAAGUGGCCCAAUUAAAAUUGAUGUGCAAGAAUAGAUGUAUGAAUAUAAAUAUAUAUAUGAAAGGGGUAUAGCCCAUUUCUCUCACAAGCAUAUGCU